AUGGCGGAGUCAACAUCUGCGGCGCCCGCGCUGCACACCGACAUCCCCGGCGGUAACUUUGACGAGAAGGCCGGUGCCGGCGACGCCGCCCCUGCCGCUGCCGCUCCCCCGGUCAAGCCCAAGGUCGAGGAGGAGGAGGAAGAUGAGGACAUCGAUGCCCUGAUUGAGGACCUCGAGUCCCACGACGGCCACGGCGCCGACGAAGAUGACGAAGAGGAGGAGUCCAACGUCCACGGUGGCCGCGUCAUCCCCGAGGACAUGCUCCAGACCGACACCCGCAUUGGUCUGACGGACCACGAGGUUGUUGCUCGCCGUCGCAAGUACGGUCUGAACCAGAUGAAGGAGGAGAAGGAGAACCUGAUUCUCAAGUUCUUGGGCUACUUUGUUGGUCCUAUCCAGUUCGUCAUGGAGGCUGCCGCUGUCCUGGCUGCCGGUCUUGAGGACUGGGUCGAUUUCGGUGUCAUUAUUGCCUUGCUGCUGCUCAACGCUGCUGUCGGUUUCGUUCAGGAGUUCCAGGCCGGUUCCAUUGUCGACGAGCUCAAGAAGACCCUGGCCCUGAAGGCUGUUGUCCUCCGUGACGGCACCCUGAAGGAGAUUGAGGCCCCCGAGGUCGUUCCCGGUGAUAUUCUCCAGGUUGAGGAGGGCACCAUCAUUCCCGCCGACGGUCGCAUCGUUACCGAAGAUGCUUUCCUGCAGGUUGAUCAGUCCGCCAUCACUGGUGAGUCUCUCGCUGUCGACAAGCACAAGAGCGACCAGUGCUACGCUUCGUCCGCCGUCAAGCGUGGUGAGGCCUUUGUCGUCGUUACUGCCACUGGUGACAACACCUUUGUCGGUCGCGCUGCCGCCCUCGUCAAUGCCGCCUCGUCCGGCACCGGUCACUUCACGGAGGUGCUCAACGGCAUCGGUACCGUUCUGCUGGUUCUGGUCAUCUUCACCAACCUGAUCGUCUGGGUGUCGUCGUUCUACCGCUCCAACCCCAUUGUCACGAUUCUCGAGUACACCCUGGCCAUCACCAUCAUUGGUGUCCCCGUCGGUCUGCCCGCUGUCGUCACCACCACUAUGGCUGUCGGUGCUGCCUACCUUGCUCGCAAGAAGGCCAUCGUCCAGAAGCUGUCCGCCAUCGAGUCCCUGGCUGGUGUCGAGAUUCUGUGCUCUGACAAGACCGGUACCCUGACCAAGAACAAGCUCUCCCUGUCUGAGCCCUACACCGUCGCCGGUGUCGAGCCUGAGGACCUGAUGCUCACUGCCUGCCUGGCUGCCUCGCGCAAGAAGAAGGGUAUUGAUGCCAUUGACAAGGCUUUCCUCAAGUCCCUGCGCUACUACCCCCGUGCCAAGAGCGUUCUGUCCAAGUACAAGGUCAUCAACUUCUUCCCCUUCGACCCCGUCAGCAAGAAGGUUACCGCCAUUGUCGAGUCCCCCCAGGGCGAGCGCAUCACCUGCGUGAAGGGUGCUCCUCUGUUCGUUCUCAAGACCGUCGAGGAGGACCACCCCAUCCCCGAGGAGGUCGACCAGGCCUACAAGAACAAGGUCGCUGAGUUUGCUACCCGUGGUUUCCGUUCGCUCGGUGUUGCCCGCAAGCGUGGUGAGGGCGCCUGGGAGAUCCUCGGCAUUAUGCCCUGCUCUGACCCCCCGCGUCACGAUACCGCCCGCACCAUCAACGAGGCCAAGUCCCUGGGUCUGUCCAUCAAGAUGCUUACUGGUGAUGCCGUCGGCAUUGCCCGCGAGACUUCCCGCCAGCUGGGUCUUGGUACCAACGUCUACAACGCUGAGCGCCUGGGUCUGGGCGGCGGCGGUGACAUGCCCGGCUCUGAGGUUUACGAUUUCGUCGAGGCUGCCGAUGGUUUCGCCGAGGUGUUCCCCCAGCACAAGUACAAUGUCGUCGAGAUCCUGCAGCAGCGUGGCUACCUCGUUGCCAUGACUGGUGACGGUGUCAACGAUGCGCCCUCGCUGAAGAAGGCGGAUACCGGUAUUGCUGUCGAGGGUGCCUCUGACGCUGCCCGCUCCGCUGCCGACAUUGUUUUCCUUGCCCCCGGUCUUGGUGCCAUUAUCGAUGCUCUCAAGACCUCCCGCCAGAUUUUCCACCGCAUGUACGCCUACGUUGUCUACCGUAUCGCCCUGUCCAUCCACCUGGAGAUCUACCUUGGUCUGUGGAUUGCCAUCCUCAACCGUUCGCUGAACAUUGAGCUGGUCGUCUUCAUUGCCAUCUUCGCUGAUGUUGCCACCCUUGCUAUUGCCUACGACAACGCGCCCUUCUCCAAGACCCCCGUCAAGUGGAACCUUCCCAAGCUCUGGGGUAUGUCCGUCCUGCUUGGUGUCGUCCUGGCUGUCGGUACCUGGAUCACGGUCACGACCAUGUACGCGCACGGCCCCAACGGCGGUAUUGUCCAGAACUUUGGUAACCUGGAUGAGGUCGUCUUCCUUGAGGUCUCCCUGACGGAGAACUGGCUGAUCUUCAUCACUCGUGCCAACGGUCCCUUCUGGUCGUCGAUCCCCUCGUGGCAGCUGACCGGCGCCAUCCUGGUCGUCGACCUGCUGGCCACCUUCUUCACCCUGUUCGGUUUCUUCCAGCACGGCCAGCAGACCUCUAUUGUCGCUGUUGUCCGUAUCUGGAUCUUCUCUUUCGGUGUCUUCUGCAUCAUGGGUGGUGUUUACUACCUGCUCCAGGACAGCGUUGGUUUCGACAACCUGAUGCACGGCAAGAGCCCCAAGGGCAACCAGAAGCAGCGGUCGCUCGAGGACUUUGUCGUGUCUCUGCAGCGUGUCUCCACCCAGCACGAGAAGUCGCAGUAA